AUGGUUCUGGCCUACGGCGAACAGUGGGACACCAACGAUCAACAAGACCAUUGCUCCCAAAUGUUAGCGAUUUCAAUGGGCACAGUUCCCAUGAUCGGUGCAAAAGCAUGCCUGAAGGUCGAACAAAGGAGUUUCGAAACACAGUCUUUGACUGUGCUCCUACCAAGAGAAUCCAAGCGUGGCAAUCGGAUCUUAGAGGACGGGUGUCGCUCGCAACGGACUUUCCAAAAGCAGGUCGAACAGCGUUAUAUCACCAUGAAAACGAGCCAUUUAUUCGCGCCUCCUCUUGGGGGUCUGCAGAUCAGCAUAUUGAACCCACUAUAG